AUGGGAAAAGGCUGUCGAGCUUCGACUAUCAGUGGCUGGGAUUAUAUAAUUUACAUGGAAUAUGUUUUUGUUUCUAAAUAUGUUAAAACAAUUGAAACCAAAGCAUUUUAUUCGGAUUUAAAAUUAAAUACUAUUGAAUUUGAAGAAGGAAGUGAACUUAUAUCGAUUGGAAAUUUAGCAUUUUAUUGCGCAAAUAUUGUUAACUUCAGCUUUCCUUCGAAAUGUGUAAAUAUAUCAUCAUACAUUUUCAAUCAAGUUGGCAGUUUGACAAGAGUUUAUAUUCCUGCUUCUUUAGUUGAAAUAGAUAUUGAUGCAUUUACAGGUGCAUCAAAUAUAGAAUUGAUAGAAAUUGAUCCAGAGAAUCCAGUAUAUGAAGUUAUAUAUCCAGCAACGCUUAUGUCGAAGAAUGGAAAGAAAAUCGUAUACAUGUCAUCAUCAACAACAUCAUUCACUAUACCUUAUUCUCUCUCCAGUUUUGGGAAGACUAUUUUUCAAUCAUGCACUCAACUGACGAGGAUUAAUGUUGAAGCAUCGAAUCCAAAAUAUGGCUGUGAUGGCGGUAUUGUCUACACUAAAGGAUUCGUAACUGCAAUUGCAUGUAUUGGAGGCAUUACUUCUGUUACUCUGAAUCCUAAUUGUAUUGCGAUUGGAGAAUAUUGUUUCAACAACUGUACAAAACUUACAAAUGUUAAAUUAAACGAAGGAUUACAAUAUAUCGGAUCUUUUGCCUUCUAUACAACUGCAUUCACAUCAAUCAAUAUUCCAUCAUCUGUAACAACUCUUUUGUAUUACUGUUUUUAUGCUUCCAAAUUACAAAAUAUUGAAUUCUUUGGAGAGGGUCCCACUACAAUAUACGGUGAAUGUUUUUCAGAAAGUCUUAUUACAAAAGUUCGUUUUGGAAAAAAUUUACAGUCACUUGAUUAUGUAGGGUUCUAUCAUUGUAAUUCACUUGAAUCUGUUACAUUUCAUCCUGAUUGUUCUGUAAGUUUUUUACGGAGUCAAAUAUUUCAAUAUUGUCCUAAAUUAAACAAUUUUGUACUCCCAAAAUCAGUUGAAAAAAUAACAGAUAGAUGUUUUUCCGGAACAAAAUCUUUAACAAACUUUGCAAUAGCAGAAGGGUCAAAGCUGAAUUAUAUUGAUGAGCUAGCAUUUGAAAACUCUGCAAUAGAAUCAAUUUCACUUCCAUCAUCAAUAAAAACUAUUCAGGUGAAUGCAUUUAGCGGUUGUUCUCAGUUAAAGUCAGUUAAAUUUUCAAAAUUUAUUGAUUUGAAAGUGUUUGGAGGAGGAAUUUUCAAGUCUUGUACAUCAUUGCCUACAAUCGAGAUUCCUGCAUCUGUGACAACAUUCGAUCCAUCAUCCGUUGGUUACUGCUCAUCUCUGACGUCGAUAAACGUCUCAACUGAUAACAAGAACUAUGUUAGCAAAGAUGGCAUCGUCUACACGAUAAACAAAGAGAAGCUUGUCUGCUGCCCUGGUGGAAAAACGUCAGCUUUCAUAUACAAAAACAUAAUCAUCAUCGGUUCUAACGCAUUCUGGGGAUGCUCUAAGUUGAAUAAUCUUACAUUCGAGGAUGGAUGCAAACUUAGGAUUAUCGAAGAAGGAACAUUCUACUCGUGCACAUCUCUAUACCGCGUCGACCUUCCCACGUCUCUUGAGACAGUCAAGCAGAGUGCUUUUGCAGGAUGCACUAAGCUCGCAAUCAUCACUUUCCCUGACUUCGCUUUGGUAGAUUUGGACUAUGAGUCUAUCUUCGCUGACUGCACAUCGCUGACUACUUUCUCUUUCGGAAGAUUCUGCGCUCUAAACGCACUGGGAGAAAAAAUAUUCUCAAACUGCGAAAAUCUGUCGACGAUCAACAUACCUGCAAACUGCACUACGAUAAGAGCGAACGCGUUUUUGAACUGCGUCUCUCUGACAAAUAUAUCUGUUGAGGCUAACUCGAAAAUGUCUACUAUCAGUGAGACAGUAUUUGCAGGAUGCACAUCACUGACGAAUUACACUGUCCCUGACUCUUUCGUAAGUAUAACUUCUUCUUGCUUCGGAGGUGCUCCUUCUAUAACAACAGUUAACAUAAGACCUAAUCUCGCAAUCACCUCUAUUGGAAGCAACGCGUUUUCAUCUUUCAGACUGAAGUAUUUCAACAUCGGAGAUGGCACAACGAUAUCUCGAAUCGAUUCUUAUGCAUUUGCAGAUACACAGAUAGAGACUUUCUUCCUCGAGUGUGAUGUAUACUUAUCAUCUUACGCAUUCAAGAACUGCACGAAUCUUAAGUCAAUAGGAAUUCGUCGCAUCAAGAGAGAUCCCGAGUCAACAUCUAAGAAACUGAUGUCAAUCCCGUCAUCGUCUAGUCAGGAAUACUACUCAAUUCCAGAAGGUCUAUUCUCAGGAUGCGAAUCUCUCGAGAGCGUAAGAAUAAACAAGAACAUCGACUUGAUAUCUGAUUACGCCUUCAUGAACUGUUUCAAACUCUUUCACUAUUCCUCCGUCGGUUGUAUACAUCGGCGACAAGUCAUUCAUGAACUGCAGCAUGGUUACUAA